CAUAACAACAAAUCUAAAGCAAGAGAAAUAAGAAACGAAAGAAAAAAAACUAAAAACUAAACUAAUAUCAAAAACAGACAUCUUUAGGCAUCUCCAUCUCGGGCAACAAUAGAAGUUACUUCCUUCUUUUAGUCAUCGCUUUGGCGGUAUACUACUACCCAUCAAUUCAUAAAGGAUUUUCAACUACAUUUUAAUUAAUGCAUCAACAAUUUUUCAACAAGCUUGACUUGAGUUCAAUCAACAAAUAUAAGAUCUGUUACAAUCAAUAGGAGCUACAAGAGUGCAAUUAACAAAACAAAUAAUCCAAAUAAGUAAAACAACAACAAAUCUCUAAAAGUCAUCACACAAACUAUUGCACUGUCAUUUAUAACAGUCUCUCACACAAUCAGUAACAUCUGAACUUGACUCUUUGAGGCAAAAGAGAAGGAGAAAAGUCAACAUAAAACUUGCAAGUUAACGAGCAACAAAACAAUAACAGUAUUGCCUGUGUGUCUGUCUGUGUAUGGGUGUAUGUGGGGCUAUCUCAGAGGCACUUCAAUAUAAAUCACUGCAGUCAAACGAAUGAAGGAAGGAGUAAAUGUUGUUGUUAUUGUCAGCGCCAUCUCUUGUCAAAGAGAUAUUACAAAACACAACGACAACGAAGACAGGCAUCAGCCACAACAGCGGAUGUGAUUGAUUGGCAUGUGAAAUAUUUGCUCUCAUUUAUUGCCGCAUUCAAGAGUAACAAAGGCCCAAACAACAAAAACAACUACUAAACAAACCAUAGGCCGCAACAUCCUAUUGAUAACUGUUUUUAUUAAAUAAUUUUUUUAAUAUUAAAUACAGACACUAGGCCUGAAAGUGAAACCAACUGGGAUUUUACAAUACAACAAAGAAACUCUUGUUGUCUCCUCAACUCUAUAAAUGCACAUACUCCGUCGUAAACCUACGGACGGACAGACAUUUUAAUACAAUUCAUUAUCAUACGCAGGCCUGAAGGCCAAAUCAUUCACGUUAAGAGGCGUUUUUAUUGCAGGCACAGACAAAGGCAGCAUCAUCACCACUACUACUACGUUUGGCCACUACCCUAAACACCCCAUCCAGUCCCAGUCGAAGCCCCGGAGCCAUCAGCAACGGUUUACGGUGUUUGCCAUAGGAGUAAUAGCAAAAUUCUACAAAAUUUUCGUCUCUCAACGAAUAUCGUUUGGAACCAAAGAUUUCUCAACAUCAUGAUUGGCCGUCUAUUUCGGGCUCAUGGGGAGUUCUGUGCCUCCCACCCCUGGGAGGUCAUUGUAGCGCUGCUGACGAUGACAGCAUGCAUGCUAACAGUUGACAAGCAGCAAUAUUUUACCAGUGCAGCGGCCGCCUCGGCCGCCGGCACCACAGAUGGUGGCGGUGGAGUUGGUGGAGGCGGCGGUGGUGGUCUUCCCACUUCAUCGGCCACAUCGAGUCGCUAUCGCCCUUGCCACGGUUGGACACAGUCUUGCGAUGGCCUCGAGGCUGAAUACAAUGCAGCCGAUGUCAUUGUCAUGACAAUUGUACGAUGUGCCGCUGUCCUCUAUUGCUACUAUCAAUUUUGCAGUCUCCACAAAUUGGGUUCCAAAUAUAUACUGGGUAUAGCCGGCUUAUUUGCGGUUUUCUCAAGUUUUAUAUUUACAACGACAAUAAUCAAGUUCCUAGGCAGUGAUAUAACAGACUUAAAAGAUGCACUAUUUUUCCUACUACUGUUGAUAGAUCUCUCAAAUUCCGGAACAUUAGCCCAAUUGGCAUUGGCCGGUACAAAUCAAGCUGAAGUCACACAAAAUAUAGCACGUGGCCUUGAACUACUAGGUCCAGCCAUAUCGCUGGACACUAUUGUAGAAACAUUAGUCAUAGGUGUUGGUACUUUGUCCGGAGUACAACGUCUCGAAGUAUUGUGUACAUUUGCCGUAAUGUCGGUAAUAGUCAAUUAUGUCGUCUUUAUGACCUUCUAUCCCGCGUGUUUGUCAUUGAUCUUGGAUUUGUCUCGCAAUGGCAUGGAUAUGUCAUUGGUUAGGGCCAAAGCCAAAGAUUCUAAACUACUCAAGGCCCUAAAUGAGGAGGAGCAAAAGGCCAAUCCGGUGGUGCAACGUGUCAAAAUCAUCAUGACCACGGGCCUUAUGAUUGUGCACAUUUACAGCCGCAUGGUAUUCUCCAAUGGUGAUUAUGAAAGUGUGGACAAGACAUUUACGCCACAACUCAACAUGAAUGUCAACAAUAAUCGCACCGAGUCGGGAGAACUAAGUGACUUGAUAAUAAAAUGGCUAACAAUGAGCGCCGAUCAAAUUGUGAUACUUAUACUAUUCAUAGCCCUGGUCAUUAAAUUCAUAUUUUUCGAAAACCGCGAAGAUCUUCAUGACCAGAUACGCCAAUCGACGGUUAGCAUUGCUGUCAAGUCAUCACAGACGCAACUGCUGCCACUUGAGGCUUCGGCGGCAAAUUCAAUUACCGCAUUGGACAAGCCAUUUGGAGCAAUUGUGGGCCAAGAGGAGGAGAAUCUCAAAGUAACUUGCAAUCUCAGCAACACCUCCAUGCCAAUAGAAUUGUCUAUGCGACCACGGCGUAUUCCCCUUUUCACCAUUGAGGAGCAGAACACUGCAAAUGCCUUCACCCAAACGGAGUUCGAUUAUUGUGAUGGGGCCAUAGUGCCUUUGAGUGAAUGCAAUCAAUUGUUGAAAUUGAGAUCACCCCGUUCGCUGGAGGAAUGUCUGGAAAUACUCAACUCCACCGAGGAUGGCAUAGCAGGAGCGGCCAAUCUUUCGGAUGAGGAAAUUGUGAAUAUUGUCAAUGCCGGUGGCCAAUAUUGCCCCUUGCACAAAAUCGAAACCGUCAUAGACGAUCCCGUAAGAGGUGUGAAAAUCCGACGUCAAAUUAUCAGCGGUCGCGCCAAAUUGGCCUCCGAUCGCCUUGAAAGUCUUCCAUACAAACACUUUGACUACAAACGCGUUAUGAACGCCUGCUGUGAAAAUGUUCUAGGUUAUGUGCCCAUCCCAGUGGGCUAUGCCGGCCCUCUGCUCUUGGAUGGCGCCAAAUACUAUGUGCCCAUGGCCACAACAGAGGGUGCCUUGGUGGCCUCCACAAAUCGUGGUUGUAAAGCCCUAUCGGUAAGGGGUGUCACAUCCUAUGUGGAAGAUGUGGGCAUGACCCGUGCACCCUGUGUGCGUUUUGCCAGUGUGGCCCGUGCUGCUGAGGCCAAGCGUUGGAUCAAUGAUGAAACUAACUAUCAACGCAUAAAGGCUGAAUUCGAUUCAACCUCACGUUUUGGUCGCCUCAAGGAGUGUCACAUUGCCAUGGAUGGCCCACAGCUGUAUAUACGUUUUGUCGCCCUGACCGGUGAUGCCAUGGGCAUGAAUAUGGUUUCCAAAGGUGCUGAAAUGGCUCUCAAGUGCAUUAAACGAGAAUUUCCCGAUAUGCAAAUAAUCUCGCUGAGUGGCAAUUUUUGUUGUGAUAAAAAGCCUGCAGCCAUCAAUUGGAUUAAGGGCAGGGGUAAACGUGUGGUUGCCGAGUGUAUAAUACCAGCGGCGACAUUGCGCAGUGUCCUGAAGACAGAAGCAAAGACACUGGUCGAGUGCAAUAAAUUGAAAAAUAUGGGUGGCAGUGCCAUGGCGGGUAGCAUUGGAGGCAACAAUGCCCACGCUGCCAACAUGGUUACCGCUGUCUUUUUGGCCACCGGUCAAGAUCCUGCACAAAAUGUUACCUCAAGUAAUUGCUCCACCGGCAUGGAGUGUUGGGGUGAAAAUAACGAGGAUUUAUACAUGACCUGCACCAUGCCCUCGCUGGAAGUGGGCACAGUUGGCGGUGGCACAGGUUUACCCGGACAAAGUGCCUGUCUCGAUAUGUUGGGCGUGAGGGGUGCCAAUGCGGAACAUCCCGGUGACAAUGCUAAAAAAUUGGCACAAAUUGUUUGUGCCACAGUAAUGGCUGGCGAAUUGAGCCUCAUGGCCGCCUUGGUUAAUAGUGAUCUAGUCAAAAGUCAUAUGAGGCAUAAUAGAUCCUCAAUAGCUGUAAACGCUAAAGGAAAUAAUCCCCUGAAUGUCACAGUAUCCAGUUGUAGUAAAAUAAGCUAAAAUUUAUUCAUAAAAAAUAAGGAAUUUUACAGAAUGCUAUUUACUACCUCCUGAUGUUUUUUGGGUUUCUUUUUCAUUCCCAAUAUAUAAUUUUGUUUUGUUUUUUUUAUUGAAACAAAUCAAAAAACAGCAAAAACAAGAAAAAAAAGAAACAACUACGAACAACAAGUAGAAAAAAAGUAGAAGAAAAGAAAACAACAACCAGAAAACAUACCACACACAAUAAUCACAAAACAAUAUAAUGGAUAAAUCUCCUAAUGUUUUCUUCCCAGAGGGCUGUACAAUGCAAUAAUAAGUGAUUUAACCCAAUAACAUCAGAUUAAUCACAAAUUAGAGUAUUGCAGAGAUUUUUAAGGUUCUGUAUUCGUUUUUAGAAUUGCUAAGAGAAAAAAUGAUGUCAAAUAAAACUUAAAUUAUAUAUUUUUUUAAGAAA